AUGAUCCCAGGCGUUAACUGCGAUGGGCAAAUACGAGCAUCUGGUCGAGUAGAUCAAGAACCACUUGCCAACACGGGGGAUGCGGCACGCAACAUCAUUGGAGGAGAAAGAGCAGACCGGAAUGAGUAUAAAUACCAGGUAUACUUCACGGAGAACGAUAUUUUCAUCUGCAGUGGCACUAUUCUAGACUCUGUGACAGUUCUAACGGCCGCUCACUGCUUCGAAUCUGGACUCAAUAAUGGUGUGGUGCACCAAGUGGUGGCGGGGGAUUACAGAUACCAGGCGAAUGACGGUACAGAGCAGGUCCGGUCCCUCAGGGCACUCGCUAUCCAUCCAGAUUACGAUACGAACGAUUUCAUGUCUCCCGACAUUGCGGUGCUGAAAUUGUCCAGGCCGUUCAACUUCAAUACCAAUGUUGGAGAACCAGUCAAGAUUCCAUCCCCCAAUGAAUCCCCUGAUCGCCUGCAAGAACUGAAACUCCCCAUCAAGAGUUUCAGCCAAUGCCAGAGCACCGCAUUAAGCUAUUACGAAGAGACGUGGAACAGCAAAUUCCUCUGCACGAUUAGCAGCGGAAAGUCAGUGUGUAACGGUGACUCUGGAAGUCCAAUCGUGUGUUUCCUGAACAACACACCAUUCCAGCUGGGUAUUGUCUCCUGGCACGGCAGUGACUGCGCCACCGACGGCUUCAGUGCGUACACCAGGACGCUAUCUCACAGAGGUUGGAUCUUGGCCAGAAUUGCAAAUCUCUAG